AUGGUGCUGACCAGAUGCAGCUGGCUCCUCCUCAGUGCCGCUUUCCUGAGCGCGGGGGCCGAGAUCUCUAUCACCUCCGAGCCUGCCCAGCCAGCCGAGGGCGACAACGUCACACUGGCUGUCCAAGGGCUUUCAGGGGAGCUGCUUGCCUACAACUGGUAUGCGGGGCCCACGCUCAGUCUGUCUUACCUGGUGGCCAGCUACAUCGUAAGCACAGGCGAUGAGACCCCUGGCCCGGCCCACACGGGGCGGGAGGCUGUGCGCCCCGACGGCAGCCUGAUCAUCCAGGGCGCCCUGCCCGGGCACUCGGGCACCUACAUCCUGCAGACUCUCAACAGGCAAUUUCAGACGGAGGUGGGCUACGGACACUUGCAGGUCUAUGAGAUCCUGGCCCAGCCUGUGGUCAUGACCAACAGCACGGCGUUGGUGGAGCGCCGGGACACCAUGCGCCUGGUAUGCAGCAGCCCCAGCCCCGCCGAGGUCCGCUGGUUCUUCAACGGCGACACCCUGCCCAUCGCUGUCCGCCUCGGCCUGUCCCCUGAUGGCCGGGUGCUGACCCGGCACGGCAUCCGCAGGGAGGAGGCCGGAGCCUACCAGUGUGAGGUCUGGAACCCGGUCAGUGUCAGCCGCAGCGAGCCCAUCAACCUGACCGUGUACUUUGGCCCAGAACGCGUGGCCAUCCUCCAGGAUUCCACCGCCCGCACGGGCUGCACCAUCAAAGUCGACUUCAACACAUCCUUCACGCUGUGGUGCGUGUCCCAGUCCUGCCCGGAGCCUGAGUACAUGUGGGCCUUCAACGGGCGGGCCUUAAAGAACGGCCAAGACCACCUCAACAUCAGUAGCAUGACGGCAGCCCAGGAGGGCACGUACACGUGUAUCGCUAAGAACCCCAAGACCCUGCUUUCUGGAUCUGCCUCAGUGGUGGUCAAACUGUCUGCGGCCGUGGUCGCCAUGACAAUCGUGCCGGUGCCGACCAGGCCGAUGGAGGGCCAGGACGUGACGCUGACCGUACACGGCUACCCCAAGGAUCUGCUGGUCUAUGCCUGGUACCGUGGGCCUGCCUCUGAGCCCAAUCGGCUGCUCAGCCAGCUGCCGUCGGGGAACUGGAUCGCAGGCCCCGCGCACACAGGCCGGGAGGUGGGCUUCGCCAACUGCUCGCUGCUGGUGCAGAAGCUGAACCUCACCGACGCCGGCCGCUACACACUCAAGACCGUCACGCUGCAGGGCAAGACUGAGAUGCUGGAAGUGGAGCUGCAGGUGGCCCCCCUGGAGUAGCACCAUGGCCCUGGAGACCUCCAGAGAGACCAGCUCUUCGUGCCACCCUCCUUGUUUCCUCCCCCUGAGUGGAGGACCACUUGCUUCCAGCAAGGAUGCAGGACCAUGGUUCACGGUUCUCCUGCUUCCACCCUAGAGUUAGAGCCAACAGGGCCCUACUCCUUCACUGAGCUGUCGGAGAGCCACAGAGGCUAU